CUGAGUUUUCGGGCAAGUUCGAUAUGUUUUCUCUUUGUUUUAGGAGGGAUUUUGAAUCUGAAGCCCUAAUUUUGACAGGCAUUUCAGAUAAGUGAAAAAAUGGCAGCUUCAAUUUGGAGUCUACAACUUCAUACCAUCUCAGUUCCGCUUCGAAGUCCAGUCAACUUCAGAACCGAUUAUUUGUUGGAUUAUGCAUUCCAGAGGUAUACUAAUAGUAGUACUAGGAAGAGGACCUUCAAGAAGCUUGACGUAGUUGCCAAUGGUGAUGCCAAGAAUUCGAAGAAUCUUCCACACCAAGUUAUGCUUGUCAAGUCCGACAAGCCGAGUUUACCUCUUCUACUACAACACGCUGUUACCAAAUUACAAGAGAGCGUCAAAUCUCUCCCUCCCGCUUCCCUCCUGGUAAAGAAACAUUCUGGUGCUAGUGUAGCAAUUGCUCAUUGA